AUGAUAUCAAGUUGGGUGGUAUGUUUGGUUAUAUGCCAAGCCCCACUGUUUGGUUGGAAUCAAGAUACUUCAGAAGAGUAUUGCAGAUAUUUUGGAGUUUUUACAAAGAAUUUCCUGUUGCUAUACUGUGCUAUAAUGUAUAUGAUGUCAUUCAUGGUCUUUCUGAUGUACUGUCAUAUUCUAUGUAUAGCUUUCAAACAGAAUAACCGGAUUAGAAGGGAAGAUCACAGACAGAUAAACAAACAACACACACAUAUUUGGUGGAAACCAACCAAAACAGCCAUGAUCAUCGUUGGUAUCAACGUUGUUUCUUGGCUACCAUCAGGCAUAUUUGCUGUCCUGGUUACAACAGACCAUUUGGAUGACCUUUCCCUUGGACAAAAAGGAACAAUACUGACCUAUAUAUCUUCCGUAAUAUAUCUAAACUGUAUUGCCAAUCCAUUGAUCUAUGCUUGUAAAAUUAAGAAAGUCAGUCGCUUUUUGAGAAAAUUGUUCAAGGUGCGAGAACAUGUCACGUACGUUACAGAGUACGAUUUAAAACCAGAAAGCGGUGAACAACUUAUAGAGAAAGAGGUGAAUAGCAUAACAAAUAGAUGA